AUGCCCGACAAAGAUACCACUAAAACCACACACACCGAAGGCGGCGUGCCGGUCCAAAACAACACCAAGGAUACGGAUGAUAGUCGCGUGCCACUUUCUGCGGAACCAGGCGUGUACAAGAAUGAUGGUACUCGACAGGUUCCCAUCUCAGCGGAGGAGGGGGCCUACAAGCAGGAUAAUAGGAAUAGCCCUAAGAAAGGGACUGCGGGAGACGAGGGUGUGAGGAUAGAGCAUGACAAUAAGGGACCUGGGUCGAAGUGA